UCUGACCCUACUAGGCUUCCGUACUCCUGACGCCUCUGAGCCGCCGUCACAGCGGUGCUAGCCCCGCUAGCUGCUGUUUACCGGGCGAGUGUUCAAUCACCACCACAACAACAACAACAACAACAACAACAGCAACAAUGGCGGGCGUGCACCCGCAGGACGACCUGCUGAAGAUGACCCACCGGGAGAACUGGAGGGUGCAGCACGAGCGCCUCCACGUGAAGCACCGUGGUCAUGAGGCGAUGCACGCUGAGAUGGUGAUGAUCCUCAUCGCCACGCUGGUGGUGGCUCAGAUCGUCCUGGUGCAGUGGAAGCAGCGGCACCACCGCUCCUACAACCUGGUGACGCUGGUCCAGAUGUGGGCGGUGCCGCUCUACUUCACCAUCAAGCUGUACUGGUGGAGGUUCCUCUCCAUGUGGGGGAUGUUCUCCGUCAUCACCAGCUACGUCAUCUUCAGGGCCACCCGCCGGCCGCUGUCCUGCAGGACGCCCAGGAUGGUGUACAAGUGGUUCCUGCUGGUCUACAAGCUGAGCUACGCCGUGGGGGUCCUGGGCUACCUGGCCAUCAUGUUCACCAUGUUCGGCUUCAACGUGUUCUUCAGGAUCAAGGCGGAGGACUCGAUGGACGUGGGCGUGAUCAUGCUGUUCUACGGACUCUACUACGGCGUCAUGGGCCGAGACUUCGCCGAAAUCUGCUCCGACUACAUGGCCUCCACCGUCGGGUACUACAACAAGGGCGGCAUGCCCAGCAGGAAUCUGACGGACGACAUCUGCGCCGUGUGCGGUCAGAGGAUCCUGGUGGAGGUGGAGGAGGAGGGCAUCAUCGAGGACACCUACCAGCUGUCCUGUGGACACAUCUUCCACGAGUUCUGCAUCCGCGGCUGGUGCAUUGUGGGUAAGAAGCAGACGUGUCCGUACUGCAACGAGAAGGUGGACUUGAAGAGGAUGAUGAACAACCCCUGGGAGAAGACCCACGUCCUGUACGGGCAGCUGCUGGACUGGCUCAGAUACCUGGUGGCCUGGCAGCCCGUUAUCAUCGGCAUCGUCCACGGGAUCAACUUCACCCUGGGCCUCGAGUAGAGCCACGCACCCCCCCCCCUGGGUCCCGGGUCCCUCGGGGGUCUGGAGGACUUCGUCUCCGGCAGACCGAUCCCAGGCGGUCUGGGUCUCCGUGAUGCCAACUUGAACAAAGCCGUGGAAGCACAGAUCCAGUAUUUGGUCGUUUGGAGUCGAGUCCUGAGCCGAAGGAAAGGUCCCGGUUCCACGUCCCGGUUCCACGUCCCGGUUCCACGUCCCGGUUCCACGUCCCGGUUCCACAUCCCGGUUCCACUCGGUGCCGGAUCGCCAAAAGGCCUUUUUUCUAAACCUCGCUGCUGGUUCUGCUGACCCUUCAGUUUGAAGGACUCGAUGACAGGGAGGACACGUUCUGGCCAAAUUGCCGCGUUUACAUUUCAUGCAACUUUUCGUUUGUUACAAGUUUUCUUUUGGAUCCUCGGUUCCUGUUUUUAAGCUCAAGUUGACGCUAAAUGCUCAAUUAUUGUAGUCAGAAUGUCACAAUUAUGUUUCUAAACGCGGCUGAAUGGACGACACUCAAACUUCCCAUCCGGAAUAAAUAAAUAUAUAUAUAUAUAU